UGUCGGUGCUGUGGCUCACUAGUCAAACUCCCUGAAUCUGUCACAAAAUUCAAAUGCUCAAUAUGUCAAAGUACCAUCACAUUGAUAGAUCCAAGCUCUGCUCCAAAUAACACAACUACAUCUUCAUCAAUCAUCAGCUACAGAUCGAUACGGCGGAAAAUCAAAGAAUGUGAGAAGCAAAAACAUCCAAAUCAUCAUGUCACUUAUAAACCUUUAGAGGAUUACUUGGAUCAAUGCUUUGGUUCAUUUGAAAUUUUGAACAAUUCAUUCACAGUACGAAGAACCACUCAUUUAUCAUCAUCUUCCCCCAACAUCAAUUUUGCAGAAGUUGGAGAUUGUUAUAAGCUGGUCAUGUCAUUGCCAACUACAAGACCUUUUUUAAAGCUAUUGAACUCGGCUAUAGAACUAUUGAAUAGACCAGGGAAAUCUCUGACCAAGCCUGAGGAUCUCAAAUGGUUAUUGAUACUUUGGGAGCUUCCAACUUUACGUGAAUCACUAUAUUAUCACAAAAAGUCAGUAUCUAGAUUAGAUACACCUGCAAUUAGAUCUUUAUCGUAUCAAAUAAUUAAGAAGGUGAUUGGAUAUCUUUCAAACUCUGAUCGGUCCAGUUUGAAAUAUUUGUCUUCUUGGAUCAACCACACUUCAAAUCAAGAUUAUUUCAGUAGUAAAGUUGAAUUGCUCAAUUUGUACAUCACAUUCCAUUUAACAAGGCUUCUCAAUAAGUGUCAAAAUUCAGCAAAUACAAAACCACCAUAUGCAUCAUCCCUUAGGAUUUCAAGCUCGCCAACGAGUCCUGUAUACUCUGAGUAUAAUGAAUCAGCAAAAUUGAAUGGUACAGCUUCAACACCAUCAUCUAGCACGAGGAGAUCUUCAUACAAUAAUAACUCUACGGUAAGUGAGCCAAAGCCAACUAAUAAGGAUGAUAAACCAUUUGAGUUUAAGUUAAAACCUCUUCAUUACGGGAAUGAAUGGCACAUUAAAACAGCAGCAAGAUUAUUGUCUGUGUUUUUUGUUGCAAACAAGCGCAAGUUGCCAGUUUAUUCCUUUUAUAAUUCAUUGGUGGAUUCUGUUAAUGUUAAACAGGAUUUUGAAGCCUGGCAAUCAAUGUUCAAAACAUCUAGAAACGGGGGCGCCAACAAAUUAUUUUUUGAUCUUUCAGGUUUGACAAGUAACAAUAAAUCUUCACUAACAUUUUGUCAAUUUCCAUUCUUAUUAUCUCUAGGUGCUAAAAUUUCCAUAUUGGAGUAUGAAGCUAAAAGAACCAUGGAACGUAAAGCGGAAGAAGCAUUUAUUAGGGCCUUGGAUAAAAAGAAAGCUAUGGAUGUCCAUUUAAGAAUAGAUGUUAGAAGAACACAUAUAUCAAAUGAUUCUUUACGUUGUAUCAAGGAACAAGCUGGUGAUUUGCAAAAAGCUUUAAAAGUUCAUUUUGUUGGGGAACCAGGUGUUGAUGUUGGUGGGUUGAAGAAAGAAUGGUUUUCUUUGUUGACGGCUGAAAUUUUCUCUCAAGAAAAUGGAAUGUUUGAAUAUAAUGAUGAAUCUCAUUUAUGUUGGUUUGCUGCUAUGCCUCUUGAAAGAAAUGACGAGCUAUAUUAUAUGGUUGGUGUUGUGCUAGGCUUAGCGAUGUAUAACUCCACAAUUUUGGACUUGAGAUUCCCCUUGGCCUUGUAUAAGAAACUAUUGGGUAAAAAAGUUGAUUUAGAUGAUUAUAGUGAGUUGUUCCCUCAAACUGGAUUAGGAUUAUCAAAAUUGCUUGCAACUAAAGAAGAUGUUUCAGAUUAUGGACUCUAUUUUGAAACCACCUAUAAAGAUUUACUCGGUAAUCCAAUCACAAAAGAGUUGGUUCCUAAUGGAUCUAAAAUUCCAGUUAAUCUGUUGAAUCGUCAUGAAUAUGUUGGUAAGUGGGUGAACUUUUAUAUGAAUGAAUCUAUUAAAGCACAAUUUGAUAGUUUCCAUACAGGAUUCCAUAGUGUGAUUGGAGGUAAUGCAUUAUCAUUAUUUGCACCAAAAGAGAUUGAAAUGAUUAUAUGUGGUGAUAACCUCAAUGAUAGCAAGUUGGAUGUUGAAUCGUUUAGAUCAAUAACGAAAUAUAAUGGAUGGGCAUCACCAACAGAUGCAAAUGAAUCAAAUAUAGUUUCAUGGUUUUGGGAAUGGUUUGGUCGGCUGAGCAACUCCCAACAUAAAAAAUUCCUACAAUUUGUGACAGGUUCAGACCGUAUACCUGCAACUGGUAUUCAUACAAUGCAAUUCAAAAUCACUAGGAUGCCAUAUUAUGGACCACACAACGCCAUUAGAUUCCCUGUUGCGCACACCUGUUUCAAUGAGCUAUGUCUCUAUGAAUACCGUAGUAAAGAUGAGCUCUAUCACAAAUUGAACUGGGCCAUCAACGAGAGCAGAGGGUUUGGAAUAAGAUGA